AUGCACGCCGGGUUACACUCCCGCUUGUCGUCGCACCAUCAGCGCGGGAAACAUAAUCAUCAUCGACACAAUUCGUCGUCGUUGGAGGAAGGAUUGGCAAACUUGGACGAGACGACGAAUGGCAACGCUCCUGCUCCUCCUGCCAGGACGAGACGCGGAAAUUACAACAACAACAACACUAAUUCCUUCUGGAGCAACGGCAAGAACGGAGGAGGACAAACGAAUGCGUUCUCGCGGGAUGGCGCGAUUCCAAGCGUUUUGAGAGAUAAAUUUGGCACCCACACAGGAGGCAACAAGAACAAGACGAUAUCGGCGUGGAAGCGCUGGCAACCACUUUUGUUCGCGGCGAUUUUAAUCGGGUUUCCGUUAUCUAACGCGGUGUUUUUUUUCGGCGCGCACGUGAUGCCGACGUUGUUUUCCUCGGGGUCGUCGUCUGGGUUAGAGCAGAGCGGGAUGAUGUCGCCUGCAACGUCAAAGUCGCCGAAGUUUAGCGGGAAGCAGAAAGAAGGCGUGUUUGGCGCGAUUGGGAGCGAGUACGAAGACGAAGGAGACGAGAACGAGGACGAGGAAGUUUCCGACGAUUUUAUGGAAGGGUACGACCACAAGAAGAAUAAAAAGAAAAGUUUAGAUAGAAAGAGAAAGAUGGAUCCGUCGACGACGGAACCGUUUCCGGCGCUGUCCGAUUUCUUGGACCCGUACCGGGAACAUUACGAAUCGUUUUUCGAUGCUUCCAGCGAAGCUUGGAGGAUAAAGAAGUACGGGCGAAUUUGUAUAGUUUCGGAUUACGUUUUAGGAUUAUCCACGGGUUCUGGACCAGCGACGGCGGUGACGACGUUAGCCGAGGAGUUGCACGAAAGCGGCUUCGACGUGACGAUUUUGUACACCGGGUACGCGAUUCAUAAACCACCGGAUGUAGAAUUUUGGACUGGGUAUUACACCGCGAAAGGGAUUAACGUGAUCGCGUUACCCGAAACUGGGGUUUCGUACGAUGUUCCCGUAGACGUUGCCAUUGCGCACAGAGUAUUCAUGUGGAUGAAUGACCAACAGUGGUACGAUUGCGUCCAUUUCUUGGAUAAUCGCGGAAGAGGGUAUUUCGCGUUGACUGCGAAAAAACAAGCGUUAGCGUUUAAACACACCGAAUUCGUCGUUCACGCGCAACAACCUCACUUGUGGUACAAAACAAACUCGCUGCAAACGUUGGACACGUUGCACGAUUUAGUCAUCGAUUAUUUAGAGAAAGAGCAAAUGAAAAUGGCCGAUCACAUCGUCGCGCCGAGUCAGUACAUUUUGAAAUGGUUCGCCGAACAAGGUUGGGAAUGGAACAGAACGAAAUCAACCAGAGUGCACACGAACCCGCUGCCGAAGUGGGUGAAAUCGAAGAACAAAAUAGCGCACGAAGCGAGCACAAUCAACGAGAUUGUCUUUUUCAGUCGAUUCGAGUUGCGCAAAGGUAUCGUUUUGUUUUGCGACGCUAUGGACCAGUUAGCUUUGAGAGGGGACACGCAAAUUAUGAAAGGCGUGCGAGUAACAUUUUUAGGCCACUUGAGCAACUCAGCGGAAGAAAAGUUGACGAUUAAAGGUGGCGCGAGAGCGAGAGUCGAUCAAUACAUUCGCCAACGCGCUAAGAAAUGGUCGUUCCAUUGGCAAAUUUUGAAAGACAUGGACGUGAAGCAAAGGUACGAGUACAUCGAGGAAGGGAACGCGAAUAAUAAAUUAGUCGUGUUGCCGUCCUUACUGGAGAAUUCGCCGUACACCUUAGUGGAAUGUUUGGUCAUGGGUAUUCCAGUGGUCGCCUCGGACGUCGGUUCGGCGCGCGAGUUUAUCGACGACGACGACGCCGAGAGAGUAUUGUUCGUACCAACGCCGAAACCGUUGGCGGGGAAAAUCAGAGACAUUCUCAAGAACGGAUUCGUCCCGGGGAAAUCGAAAAUCAAACAAGACGUGGAAAAAGACUGGACGAUUUGGCAACACCACUUAGUGCACCAAUCUAAGGAUUCCUCGAACGCCAUGUCAACUUUACAAACGUGGGAAGAACCGCUCGUUACGGUGAUAGUAGUCACGUAUAACAACCCUAAGUUGUUGAAACAAGCCUUGCAAUCGAUUUACGAACAAGAGUAUACGAAAGUUGAAGUCGUGCUGAUUGAUGAUGGUUCCACGUUACCGGAAGCGCAAGCGUAUUUACGUGAGAUCGACGCCGAAUUCAAACGCAAAGGGUGGGUCUAUUUGCAACAAGACAACAGAGGUCCCGGGGCGGCGCGUAACAACGGCGCCAAGCACGCGCGCGGCGAGUUCAUAAUGUUCAUGGAUGAUGAUAACUUUGCCAAACCUAAAGAAAUUGCCACGUUCGUGUCCGUUGCCAUGCAUACUAAAGCGGACGUUCUGACUUGUACGAAUGAAUACUUUUACGGAUUAGAGUUACCCGGAAAUAGACCGCCGAUUGGACGAUGGGUUCCGCUCGGCGCGGCUACCACCGUCGGCAUGUUUCAAAAUCUCUACGGAGACACGAAUGCCAUGAUUCGACGAAAAGUCUUCCUCGAUUUAGGCGGUUUCCCUGAAGAUUACGGUUACGCUCUUGAAGAUUGGGAGUUGUUCUCUAAAUCUGUCUUGGGCGGUUAUAAACUUGAAUCCAUUCCUUCUCCGCUGUACUGGUACCGCAUUCGUGAUACGUCGCACUCUCACGAAACUGCGAAAUAUGGGAACGCCGCGCGUACCAUCCGUCCGUACCUCAGACAAAUUCCUCAAAAACUCCAUCACAUCGUUCUUUUCGCGCAAGGCAUGAAAGAUUCGCACGACGUCGCUGCCGGCCAACUGGAAGAACAAAACGGCCAAAUGCGCGACGUUCGUAAAAUGUUGAAAACGUUAGCUACGAGUCUGAACGAUUUAUGCGACGAUGGGUUAAUUCCAACCACCGCAAAAAACCAAGUCGAAAAUUCGCAAUUCGCGUUAGACGAAGACGACCCGUCAAUCGUCGAAUCUCCAUCGUACGAGCGUCUGGAAGAGAAGAAUAAACGUUUCAAAUCCUGGUCUCCGUUCGCGGACGGAUACAACAUCGAUAAACGAAACGGACGCAUCUCCGAAUCCUCCUCGGACACUCGCGCCUUGCGCAUGCAAAACCCAGACUGGAAAGAUGCUCGAGGCGCGGUUCAAGAAAUCCACUUGCACCAAAAAGAACCGUCCGCGGUGAUCAUCUCCGGUUGGUCGAAAGCCCGCGACGUCUCCGGCGCCUCCGACGGCGGCUACUCCAUCUACGCGGACAUCAAGUUCAUCGACGGAAAAAUGAUGUACGGCUACUCCGUCGCCUUUGACGUCGGCACGCACACUUGGCAGUUCAAAGCUGGAGUCAUCGAUCCAAUCGUAGCCAUCGAGAGUAUAACCUUAUACGCCAUGUUUCGUUGGCACGCCGGCACGGCUUGGUUCGACGACGUCACGGUGUCCUCCUUGAAAGAAGGUUUGUGCGAUUACACGAAAUUGACUUUGGAAGGGUUAGGGCCGGAUAAAGGAAACGGUGGGAAAAUUGGACCUGGUGGCAACAGAGACGAGUUAUAA